UCGUGCUCAGCAUGCAUUAAAAUAUGUACAGUACAUUUCGGCGUUGUGAUGUCAGCUGCUCACGUUUGCUACUCUCGCAAGUGGAACACGCUACCUGACAUUCUUCGCCAUGCCAAGCAUACAUAAACGAAACGAAUAUUGAAAAUGGAACCAUUACAAUUUCGGAGAGCAAAGCAGACAGACGGGCGCGUUCGUUUCGUUUCGUGUUGUACGACGAGUGAGUGAAUUUUUGUAUCGUUCGAUUUGUUUUAAAAUCGACAAAAGCAGCAACAACUACUAACGCGAAAAUAAAUAUAUUCGUUUAUUAAACAAAAAUAUUUCGCAAUAAAUCUGCUGCAUUGCGUCAACCAAACCAAGUGAAAUUAAAGUCAGCAUAAAAAUUGACAAAUUAAAUUUUGUUGUCUGCGCGGCGUCUCCUCGUUUUCUCGAACACAACAACUAAACAGAAACAGCAACAAUCACAAAUUCACGCAUUUAAACACAUACAAAGAGACAAUCAAAAUGCCAAUCGUGAGCUAAAGUCAAACUGCAGUUAGUAAAAGCAACAACUGUGAUAAUUGUAAGCUGAAAAAGGCAAGGCGCAAGUGCAUAAAAAUAACAUUUACCAGCAACCGCAACAAUAAAAAAAAAAAAACAAAUCAACAAACACCAGCAAAAUGGAUAACAGCAACAAUGCGACGACUGCCGUGGAGGCCAACAAAAUAGUCAACUAUGCGAUGCCGUUAGCUGCGAGCAGAAUGCCAGCGUUUGCUGCAGCAACAGCUGCAACUGCAACUUCAACACCCUCAUCCCCCCGCCAUGCCGACUCUGCGCUAUCGACGCCAACGAAGGAAUUCCCGAAUGCACAAAUGCUACGCACCAUUCGCGAGAAGCUUUUACGCACUCCAGGCGGCGUCUCGGAGCUACAAGCUUUAAGCUUUGCCGAGCAGACGAUCAUCAACAGCAGCAGCAGCGGCAGCAACGUUAACGAGCAGCCCGUUAAGGUGAUCAAGAACCGUUAUCUGAUCAGUGCCCAGCCUAGUCACAUCUCAGCCGCAGCAGCGGCAAAAACACCCGCCUCCUAUCGCCAUCUCAUCGAUCUGACGUCAUCAAACCUGCAGUGCGUGGAUGUCUUCACCGGCGAACAGUUUCUCUGCAAGAUCAUCAACGAACCGUUGGACAAAGUGCAACGCGCCUACUUCCAACUGCAGCAGGACGAACAGCUCUGCCGCAGCACCAUCUAUGGCCAUACGCUGAUCCGUGGUGUGCAUGACCUUGUGCCACUCUCCAAGAAUCGCACCUACAUCAUCAUUGCCCCCGUUCUGCAGCAACAGCAGCAGCAGCAUCGUGUCUAUGAGAACCUCCACACGUAUAUUAGGCAUGAGAAGCGACUGUGUGAAUCGGAGGCACGUGCGAUUUUUCAUCAGAUUUGCCAGACUGUGCAAGUGUGCCAUCGCAAUGGGAUUAUUCUGCGUGAUCUAAAGCUAAAGCGCUUCUACUUUAUCGACGAGGCGAGAACGAAACUACAAUAUGAAUCAUUGGAAGGCUCUAUGAUACUCGAUGGUGACGAUGAUACACUGAGCGACAAGAUCGGCUGCCCGCUUUACACCGCACCCGAGUUACUCUGCCCCCAGCCAACGUACCAAGGCAAGCCAGCGGACAUGUGGUCACUGGGUGUCAUACUGUACACCAUGCUAGUGGGACAGUAUCCGUUCUAUGAGAAGGCCAACUGCAAUCUGAUCACAGUAAUCAGACAUGGCAACGUUCAGAUCCCCAUGACAUUGUCCAAGUCGGUGCGCUGGCUGAUGCUCUCGUUGUUGCGCAAGAACUACACGGAACGCAUGACAGCCAGCCACAUUUUUCUAACGCCUUGGCUGAAGGAGCAGCGACCAUUUCAUUUGUAUCUGCCGGUCAAUGUGCAGAUUGCCGACGAUUGGGAUGUGGAUAAUGAUGAGGAUGAGCUCGAAUGCAUGGAGCAGGAUGGAGAUGUGAGCGAAAUGUGUGCCUUAAGCGGAGAUAAGCAUGAGCAUGAAUACGAGGAUAUUGGCGUCGAGCCUCUCGACUAUACACACACCACCUUACAAAUGGCCCAAAACAGCAACAGCAAUAGCUCUGCCACACCUUUGACGACGGUAAACGAUGAUGACGCUGAUGAGGACAUGGGCUGACCAUUAGUUGACAUUGAGCCGCGGAUAAAGCCACUUGAAACUCGCUUUCUCGUAUACGCUGGCGCGUGAACUUGAUCGAUCGAUCACUCGAUCUCAAGCUUCGAUGUUCGACCCUCGACCCUUUUUUUGGGGGGGCGUAUACUCGUAGACUGAUUAACAGCUGCGACGUUAGAUAGCCGAGGCUAAGGCGGCCCCGGGCUCUCCACGUCAUCCAUCCUGGGGUGGUGACCAAAACACCCAACUCACUCGCACACGAAAAGACUUUGAAGCCUCGCUCACUUACAAGUAUCAUUUAUAUAGGAAAACAAAAAACACAAAUCUAAACUAAAAACAAAAACUCACUGCCUUCCAUGAGAGACGAAUUGUAGUUCGUUCUUUAUUAUGUAGAACUCUCAAAACUUAUUGUGUUGUCUAAACUGAGAUGAGAGAGAUGAGACACCGAAUCCGAAUCCUCGUAACUGCAACUUAUUCUUCCUAAAAGCAACUUAUGUACAAUACAUAAAUUAAUACUUUGCUGUAAAUUGUUGAAUUUAUCAAUCUAUAUAUCAAGUAGAAAGCAUUAUUUUCAAUGUUUCAAAAUGGCAA